CACCUGCCUGUCACUGGUUGUGCUCAGCUUCUUCACCAUGGUGGGCCCCAAUGACAACGGAUCCAGUGCCACAUAUUUCAUCUUAAUAGGCCUCCCAGGCUUGGAAGAGGCUCAGUUUUGGUUGGCAUUUCCGUUGUGCUCCCUCUACCUUAUCGCUGUGCUAGGUAACUUGACAAUUAUCUACAUUGUGCGGACUGAGCACAGCCUACAUGAACCCAUGUAUAUCUUCCUUUGCAUGCUUUCUGGCCUUGACGUCCUCAUCUCCACCUCAUCCAUGCCCAAAAUGAUGGCCAUCUUCUGGUUCAACUCCACUACCAUCCAGUUUGAUGCAUGUCUGCUACAGAUGUUUGCCAUCCACUCCUUAUCUGGCAUGGAGUCCACGGUACUGCUGGCCAUGGCCUUUGACCGCUAUGUGGCCAUCUGUCACCCACUACACCAUGCCACUGUGCUCACUUUGCCUCGUGUAACCAAGAUUGGGAUGGCUGCUGUGCUCCGAGGGGCUGCACUUAUGGCACCCCUGCCUAUAUUCAUCAAACGACUGCCUUUCUGCCGCUCCAAUGUCCUUUCCCAUUCAUAUUGCCUUCAUCAAGAUGUCAUGAAGUUGGCUUGCGCUGACAUCCGUGUCAAUAUCAUCUAUGGCCUCAUUGUCAUCAUCUCUGCCAUUGGCCUGGACUCACUGCUCAUCUCUGUGUCAUAUCUGCUUAUUCUCAAGACUGUGCUGGGAUUGACCCGUGAAGCCCAGGCCAAGGCAUUUGGCACGUGCGUCUCUCAUGUAUGUGCUGUUUUCAUAUUCUACGUUCCUUUCAUUGGAUUAUCUAUGGUGCACCGCUUUGGCAAGCGGCACGACUCCCUCUUGCCUGUCAUCAUGGCCAAUGUCUAUCUGCUUGUCCCUCCUGUGCUCAACCCUUUUGUGUAUGGAGUGAAGACAAAGCAGAUCCGGCAGCGCAUCCUUCGUCUUUUCCAAGUGACCACCCACACUUCAGAUCCGUAGGUGUCAGUAAUUAGAUUCCCUUUUCCUUCAAAGUCCCCCCAUUCAGACUUCCAUGUCAAAAUUUUGAAAGACAAUCAUAGGAAAACUAUCUUCC